AUCCCAGUGGAUCCCAGCCGAUCCCAGCCGAUCCCAGUGGAUCCCCUCUCCCCAGGUCUCGGCGCUGCGUUUCGGGAAGGAGGUCGACAGCCGCUGCCUGGCCCUGACGGCCUCGUACCUGCGGGACCCCCCCGAGGGACCCCGGCCCAGCUGCUCCUUCUUCCAGGAGUUCGAGGCCCGGGGCCGGCAGAGCCCCCUCCCCUUCGGGGUUCACAACCUGGACGAUCUCCGGGCGCUCGGGCGCCAGCGCGGCCUCUGCCCCUACUUCAUGGCCAGGAGCUCGGUAAGGCACCCCAAAGU